AAUGAACCCUUAAGAUCAUUAAAAUUAAUAUGCACAAAACUAGAGAUAAGUAUAAUUUUUCCCUCCUUACAUAAAUCCCUUACCUUGGCCUUGUUAAUAUAAUCAUGCUUAUCCAUACUAUCCACAUCAAAUAAUGUAUUAUCCUAGAUAAAUGACCCCUUUGGUUGUCCCUGAUCUGUUGCAAAUUCAAAAGCAGUAAUAGCAAAAAGUGGUUAUAACAAUUUCGAGUGAUGAAGAGAAAGUGUCUAAAAAACCUUAGGAACAAGCUCCGAAACCUGUUGUAGAAGCACCUCCACAACCCAAAAAGCAGCCUAAGAUAUUGGAUUUAGAUUAGCUGGAAAGUUAAGGAAGGGUAUAUGAUUAUGAAUCUUCUGACUCCCCUCAACUUCCAAAAAGAGUCUCAAAAAGUAUAAAUUUUUAGAAGACAAUGCGAUAAAUGCAUUAUGAAUCAUUCUAAUCACCUAAGCAAAAGAAGAAGACAAUAAAAAAUCGUAAGGAACCUACUCGCAUUCAACCAAAGUUAGCAAAACAAGUUCAAAUAGGAAGAUAGCGCCAACUAAUUGAAUUCCCUCAAUCAAGUGUAAAAACGCGUUUAAUCAGGGUUUACACAAAAAAUGAAGAGAAAUGUACUUGAUAUAAUUUAUUUGAGACAGUUUAGAAAUUACUUAAUAUUCUCUUAUAGAAUUUUCCAAAUGCAAAUGAUGAGGACGUAGUAAGAAUACUUAAUUUUACAGGUAAAUCGUAUGAAAAAGCUAUCAAUUUUGUUUAAGAGAAUGGAUUUCUAGUAUAAUAUUUGAUCGAAAGUAAUAAGAAUUUAAAAAUAUCAUUUUAGCAUAUUAGAAUAAUGUCUUAUCAAGUGAAGAAGAAUCAACAAAUAAAAAGUGA